GGCGGCGGGGCCAGAGGAGGCGUGGAGCGGUUCCGGGGCAGGAAGCGCUGGCCGUUGUCCGGGCGAUGAGCUCGGAGAGGGGCAACGUGUCGCGCACGCGGCCCCAGCGCUACCAGAACACGCGUGCCUUCAGGAACGACAAGUACGACACCAGCGCCCGGCGCAAGAAAAUAAAUGCUAAGCUUCAUGAUGGAGUGUGUCAGCAUUGCAAAGGUAUCUUGGAGUGGCGGGUGAAAUUCAACAAGUACAAACUGCUAACAAAACCUAAAAAAUGUGUGAAGUGCCUCCAGAAGACUGUAAAAGAUCCAUACCAUAGUAUUUGUCGACCAUGUGCUGGUAAACUAGAGAUUUGUGCUAAAUGUGGAAAAAAAGAAGAAAUAGUAAUUCCGAUUGAUAAAGGACAAGACAGAGCUGAGAUUGUGACUACUAAAAAUGGCCAAGAAAGCAGGGGGUUGGAGGAUGAGCUGGAUUUUGAUGCAAACUUAAGUAGUAAGGACAGUGAUGAAGAUACUGAUGUGCUUGAAGAACGAUUUAAAAGUAUGAAUUUUGAAAUGACAGAGAUCUAAAAGGUUGAGUUUACAUGAGAGACUAUAUGCUGUCAGAAGGGGUAUAUCAAUGUUUGCCUUAAACUGCACUGAAACCUGAUUUAACAUCUCGGGUCCUUGCAUAUAGAUGUUGGCAUUGUGUAUUAUGAUGCUUGUUGAGGGUUUUGUAUAAAUAUUUUUUUGUAUUAAGAGCAGAAUUUCUUGUGAAAAAGAUUCAGAAAUUGAAUCUUUAAGCAUAGUACUUCACGCAUACAUGUAACAACUUCCUAUUUUUCUGGAAUAAAGCUUCUGUGUAAUUGUUCUGAAUUCAGUAUUAUGCUGCUUUGUAUUGCCACUUGGAAAGCUACAUGAAAGUCUAGAGUAAAUGCAUAAUAUUGUCAUAAAAAGAAAGAGCUAAACCAGUGUAUUUUGCUGAAGAAAAAACUUGCAACUUCUGUCAGUGAGUUUCCAAACAGGGUCAAAAUACCGGGUGGUUAUUACCGUUAUGCUCAUUGUUUCUUUUCUAUGCAAAAAAGAGGGUGUAAGUGUCACCACCAGUACAGUUCAUGGGCACUUAAUGCUUACUUACCAUCAAUAAGUAUGCACUAUAAAUUUGUGACCUUGUUACUACCCAUGUUUUGAAAAGAAAAAAAUGGAUUUUUUAGAAUUGCUCGUAACAGAUCUCAUACUUGCGUUUCCUUUGUCUGCAGAUCUAAUAUAGUUUGCUCUGAUAUGAAAACACCUGUGUAGUGGUGCUUAUAUAGUUCCUGAUUUUCAGUUCUUUGUAGGGGUUAUUUCAAUGUAGAUUAAGCUCUAAGAAGAGCUUAACUGAAUUUGUAGGAAGUAUCUUUUAUGGGAUUCAGAAUAGUUUGAUUUCGUCUUUAUUGUCUGCUACUUCUGUAAAUAAAGCUGAAGAUGUACUUCUUAGUAAUUAAAUAGUUUAAGCUAUGACAGUAUAGUAUGCCAUUUUUACUAACUGUGUAACAGCUACACAUCUGUUUUGUUGUUCUGCCUGAUCUGCAGUAGUGUAGCAGGCAUGGAAAAAUUUGAUUCCCAGACUACUUUCUUCGAAUAAAUUGUGAGGAACUUCAGCUCUGGGAUUAUUCUCCCCACCUCCAGUGGGGGAAAUACUGAAACUUUAUCCUUUGAGUAGAGAUAGCCACCCUGUGGCUGCUAUAGUUGACCUUAAUUUUAAAGAAAAUCUAGUUACUAGGAUGUGGAGUACUAAGACAUUCAGCAGUCAAUAGCCUAGAAACUUGUUAUUUAAAGGACAACUUUAUUAUUUUAAUUAGUAUUGACAAUAACAGGCAACAGCAAAAUGCUUGUAAUCAGUCAUGGAACAGUGAGCUCUUACUGUUUUUUCUUAAACGUGUAGGUGCUUGUCACUACACAUAAGGCCUUAAGAAUAAGCUUUUUCUUUUAUUAUAAUGUAUUUUGAUUUGUGUUCUGCUUUAAUAUUGUACAUUAAAACACUAUUUGUAAGUUUAAUAUCUAAAACAUGCUCUUGUAUGUUUUUUCAAUGA